AUGGCGCUCUCCCUCGCGGCCCUCAAAUCCGCCCACUCAAAGCGCUCCGUCUUCAUCUACGGCGUCUUCGUCUUCAUCCUCGCGAUCUGGCGCUACGCCGCUCACGGUAUCACCUCCUCCCCUUCAAUCCUCCCCAAUUCCCCCCAAUCCCCCUCUCUAACUCCCCCAGACGUCUUCGAUCCCUACAAAUGCUCCUCCCUCCUCACCACCGGCUCCUGGCUCAAUCCCUCCGCCGAUCCAGCUAAACCCCCCUCCAACUGGCAGCCCGACGGAUGUCUCUACCACAGCUACAACCCCUCCGAGGCCUCCUACUGUCUCCAGAACCAGCAGGUCCUCUUCGCCGGCGACUCCACCGUCCGCCAGGUGUUUUGGGAAACCGUCAAGUCCGUCGAUCCCACCAUCGUCGAGUCCGCCGAGCGCCACGCUGAUAUCCGUUACCAAAAGAACGGCAUCGACAUCCAGUUCCUCUGGGACCCCUACCUCAACUCCACCGCCCUCAACCUCAUCGAGUCCUGCCGCACAACCAGACACUCCCAGCCCAAUGCCUACAUCGUCCUCGGCGGCGGUCUCUGGUUCGCUCGCUACCUCGGCGACAACGGCGCCACCAUGUGGAAAUCAAACACUGACCGCAUAGUCGACGGCGUCAAGGCCUGCGCCGGAUUCUACAACGUGCCCUUCUUCCUCCCCGUCUCCGUCCCCGACUGGGAAAACCUCGACGAAGCCCGCAGCACCACCAUCCUCAAGCCCGAAGUCACUUACAUGAACUCCUACCUCGUCUGGCUCUCCCAGCAGAAAAACAUCAUCGUCCCCACCUCCCUCAACGAGAUGAUGACCCUCGGCGCCUACGACUCCAGCGGCAUCCACUCCGUCGACUCCGUCGCAAAGGCAAAGGCCGGCCUCCUCCUCAACGUGCGCUGCAACCAGAUCGUGCAGGAGCACAAGGGCUACCCCUACGACAAAACCUGCUGCUACACCUACCCCGGCCCCACCAUGACGCAGUUCGCCAUCCUCGUCUUCUCCCUCGUCAUUAUCCCUGCCGCCUACAUCAAGUCCUCCGGCCUGCUCUCCUCCCCGCGCAUGUGGUCCGAGGGCGCCACCGGCUCGGCCUUUGUCACCGCCUGCUUCAUCUUCGCCACGACCCUGACUUACUGCUACGUCGCCGAUCGCACUUCGCUCUUCAUCAAGGCCUCCAAGCAGUUCUGGGCCGAGGACUUUGCCAUCAUGACCGGCCUCUCCCUUCUCCUUGGCGUCGUCACCCUCCGCAAGUCGGACAGCGAGCAGGGAUUCAUGGGCCGCGACCAGUCAAACGAGUGGAAGGGCUGGAUGCAGAUCAUGGUCUUGAUCUACCACAUCACCGGCGCGUCAAAGGUCCUCCCCAUCUACAAAUACAUCCGCGUCAUGGUCGCCGCCUACCUCUUCAUGACCGGCUACGGCCAUACCAUCUACUUUUACAAGAAAAAUGACUUUGGCCUCAAGCGCGUCGCCAACGUCCUCGUGCGACUCAACAUGCUCUCCUGCGCGCUCGCCUACAGCAUGAACACCGACUACCUCUUCUACUACUUUGCGCCCUUGUCCAGCUUCUGGUUCAUGACCGUCUACUUCACCAUGAAGGUCCAGGCAGAGAAGAACAAGGACCUCAAGUUCCUGUCGGCCAAGAUCGGAAUCUCGGUCCUGAUCAUGAAGCUCUUCCUCUCUGUCCCUGGCAUCAUGGAAGUUCUCUGGUGGGUGCUCUCCCGCGUCUUCUUUGUCUCCUGGGACCUGCGCGAGUGGCGCUUCCGCGUCCUGCUCGACAUGUACAUCGUCUACAUCGGAAUGUUUGGCGCCAUCGCCUCAAUCAAGAUCGCCGAGUUAAAACUGCUCCAGCACCCGCGAUGGCCCAUGACCCGCAUGCUCGUGCUCGCCGGCUCGGCUCUCGCGCUCGUCGCCUACCACAUCAUGCAGGUCCACUGGAACUCCAAGGCCGACUACAACGCGCGCCACCCUUACAUCUCGUUCCUGCCCAUCCUCGGCUUCUUGUUCCUGCGUAACGCCACACACACCCUCCGCAACACAUACUCAACCGCGUUCGCCUGGGUCGGUGGCUGCUCGCUCGAGACGUUCACGCUGCAGUUCCAUAUCUGGAUGGCGGCCGAUACCCGCGGACUCUUGCAGGUCGUCGGAAGCAAACAUCGCACGCUCAACCUCAUCAUCCUCACGCCGCUCUUCUUGCUUGUCUCGAACCUCACCAGCGAGGCCACUGGUAAGCUUACCAGCGCGCUCGUCAACGGU